AUGCGCGUCUCGUUAUUCCGUCCAUGCACCACUUGUGCUUGGAUACUCCGUCCACGCACUGCUGGCGCACGCUCCUUCCCCUCCCACCCUUCCGCCACCUUUCCAUCACCCUUCCGCCAUGCUUCCGCCACCCUUCCAACAAUGCUUUAUUCACCCUUCAACCCGUCUUGUCUACCCUCUUUUGAUCUCGCUCUGUUCGAGGUGCUCGAUUCUGCCUCGCUGCUCGUGGAGGCUGCUUCCUCGGCCCCUCGUGGUGAUGCCCACUCAGGCUCCAGUACGCAGCGCAGUGAGGUGGCAGUAGCAUCAGCGCUGGAGGUGUUUCAGAGCCGAGUGGACCUCUUUCAAGCCGCAUGCGACCGGGCUCAGCAGCAAGUGGAUGCAGCCUGGCACCGGCUGCUGUCGGAAAGCCUGGUGGAUGAAGCAAGAGGCGCAGCAAGCGACACGCCUGCUGUGGGUGCAGCAGGCGAGGGGGAGGCGCAGAUGGUGCUGGGAGCAACUCGGUUGGAGCAGAUCAGCAAGGCAGUGAGAGCCAUGGUGCAGGACCUGCAGCACGGGCAUGCAGAUAAGCACUGA